GAUUCAUCUCUGUUGUAAAUAGGGGAAAAAUGAGCACCAACAACUGCUACUGCAACGUCGUCGGAAGUGGAUUCCGUCCGACGGAAGACGAACUCAUUUUUGGUUAUCUAUUGAACAAGGUGAACGGCAACGAUCAUCUCACUAACGCCAUCGCCGAGGUCGACAUCCUCGAGUGCGAGCCCUGGGAGUUACCUCAGCGAUCGGCAGCUCAGUCGAAUCUUCAACUCUGGUACUUCUUCUACCAGUUAGAUUACAAGUAUCGCAACAGUAAGAGGGCCAACAGAUUAACCAAGGCCGGAUACUGGAAAGGCACUGGUCAAGGCCGUACAAUCAUGGCGGCAGAUACUGACGAGAAGUUUGCUUCUGUGAAAACUUUGGUUUUCCAUAAAGGUCGUGUACCUGAUGGAAUCAGAACCAAUUGGUUGAUUCACGAGUACCGACUCACUGAGGCCUUUUCUCCACCUAAUCGGAGGGCUUAUGUGGUCUGCCGCCUAGAGAAAAGACCAGUUGGGAAGAACUCAACUCAGCAUAUAGGUGAGCUAGGUAGCAGCUUGGCUUCUCCCUCUCAUAGUAAGGCAGCUGAUUAUGCAUUCACUGAGGGAGGUCCAGAGUUGAAUGCACCAAAUAAUGAACUACCUGUACAGAUUCAAGAGAAGGGGGUCUCUCUUGAGGCCAAUGGCCUUAGUAACACUAAUAAUGGACUGCAAGAACAUGGCCCUCUCGAAAAUGAUAUGCUGUCUAAUGGAUUCACCGUGGAGCAGAAUGCGUGGCAAGCUCAAUUGAACACUGUGGAGCAGGACGAAGCACCUGUUGAAAGAAAUGCCUGCUUGUCUAUGAUUCUUGCUCAGGGAGGUACUCAGCCGCAGGCAAACCCGGAACCAUUAGCUGGCAACAAUACACUGGACUAUGAACCUGCUACACAGAUGCAGGAGGUUGCUUCAGAACCUGAUGGCCUUAGCAGUUACCAGAAUGGAAUGCAAGAGCAUGGCCCUUCAUACAAUGAUUUGUUCAUUGUCGAGCAGAAUGGAUGGCAAGCUCAAAUGGACACUAUUGAGCAGGAAGAAGCAUUUGUUGAAACUAAUGCUUGCUCGUCUAUGAUUCUUGCUCAGGGAGGUCCUAAGUUGCAACCAAACCCAGGAACAAUAGUUGGCUACAGUGCACUACAACAUGAAGUAGAUGUGCAGAUGCAAGAGCAUCCCUUAGAGCCAAAUGGCCUUAUUAAUUACCAGAAUGGAAUGCAAGAACAUGUCCCUUUCUACAAUGACAUGUUGCCUAAUGGUGUCGAGCAGAAUGGGUGUCAAGCUCAAUUGGACACUUUUGAUCAGGAAAUAGCGUAUGUUGAUGCUAAUGUCUGCUCGUCUAUGAUUCUUGCUCAGGGGGGUCCUCCGUCGCUGGCAAACCCUGAAUCAUUUUCUGGUUACAAUGGGCUGGAUUAUGAACAACCUUUACAGAUGCAAGAGGAUGGUAUCUUUCUUGAGGAUCUCUUGGAACCUGAUGGCCUUAGUAAUGACCAGAAUGGAAUUCAAGAACUUGGCUCUUUCUACAAUGAUAUGUUCUCCACUAGAUUCACUGUUGAGCAGAAUGGGUGGCAAGCUCAAUUGGACACUAUUGAGCAGGAAGAGGCAUUGGUUAAAAGUAAUGGUUGCAUGUCUAUGAUUCUUGCUCAGGGAGGUCCUAGGUUACAAGCAAACCCAGAAGAACCAUUAGAUGGGUAUAAGGUGCUGGUUGAACCACCUGCACAAAUUCAAGAGCAGGGUAUCUCUCUUGAUGAUCUCGAACUGGAUGAUAUGUUAUCUAAUGAAUUCCCUUUCAAGCAGAAUGUGGAGCAAGCUCAAUUGGACACCACUGAGCAGGAUGAGGAGUUUGUGAGUUCAAUAUCUGUUGAUGGGGAUGACUACUCCUAUGAAGGAACUCUUAAUGUUCCUCUAUGUGAUUACAGACUGUCAGAGUCAUGGAGAAGAGUCUACAACAAUGAAAGCAGUGAAACAGUAACUGAAAUGGGCAACUUGCAGAAUCAGCCUGUUGAUUCAAAAGGAUCCUGGCAGAACCAUUUGGAAAAUGGCUUCAAUCAUGAAGAGUUUCCAAAUUUUGAUACUUAUGGUGAUGACUUAGUUGCAGCUCCACCUAAUGACCCCAACUUCCUUAACAGUAUAACCUGCAAUUCUUUAAAUCAGCCAAGACACAACAACUCACUAGCAGAGGAAGGUCCUCAAAGCUUCCAGUUGCAGUGUGGAUUUUCAAGCAAGGAAACAGUAUUCAAAGACAAGGCAAGAGAUGUUGAAUUGCUGGAAUCUUCAUUCUCUUACAAGCAUAAGAGUAAGAGAUUGAAAAUAUAUUCAGAUGAAAAUUCUAACAUUAGUUAGAAUACACACUUUCAUCUGAAAUGCUUUUUAAGUAGACAAGAAAUCCAGUCCAGCAGAUUAGAGUUGAGUACUUCCAGCUUAACCCUAAACCAAUUUUCCUUUAGAAGCCACUUCUCCAGAAUACCAUCAACAUAGAAUACUGGCAGAUGAAUUUACUUUCAAGCCAGAACUCAUAUUAGUCGAAUCAGUCAAUUGAAAUUAGGUUUGCCCAAAUGCAGGGUAGAGAUGAUUUCUUUAAUGAUAACCCAAGAUGCAAGAUCAGUAGUAAGCACUUGGAGAUUAUUCAUUGAAGACAAGAAUAGGGCACCAAAGUUGUGUCCAGAUUUAGAAAACUCGAGAUAAGAGAUAAGAUGCAAAAGCAACACAAUCAGACAAUCUUUUAGAUUGAAGUUACAGUUCAUGUAGCAAAGCUGUAGGCUAUAUGAACAAUCCUAUAACAAAUUACCUGGAGAAUUUCAGGUAUGAAUAUUGUUAUGUGAAGAAUUUCAGACAAUGUAGUCAAUGAUCAAAUUUAGAUGCAUGAGGAGUUUUAGAAAAUAAUUGGUCUUCAUUUAUCAAAAAUUAGAUAUCUGAAGAAUUUUAGACAACGAUAAAUAUUCAGUUAUCAA